AUGACGAAAUAUUCUAUUAACUACGUUGCAGACGUAGAAGUAGAUGGCAGGCACGUGGAAUUGGCUUUAUGGGAUACAGCGGGUCAAGAAGAUUAUGAUCGUCUUAGACCUUUAUCUUAUCCUGACUCUCAUGUUAUCUUGAUUUGCUUUGCUGUUGAUUCUCCUGAUUCCUUGGAUAACGUGCAAGAAAAGUGGAUCUCAGAGGUAAUGCAUUUCUGCGCUGGGUUACCAAUUAUCCUGGUUGGCUGUAAAAAGGAUUUGAGGUUUGAUCCUAAGACUAUUGAAGAAUUGCGUAAGACCUCUCAAAGGCCGGUGACACCAGAAGAGGGUAUGGGCGUUGCCCAGAAGAUUGGAGCACACAAAUAUCUGGAAUGCUCGGCAAAAACUGGAGAGGGCGUGCGCGAAGUCUUCGAACAUGCCACACGGGCUGCUCUUUUGACCAGGAAAAAGAAGAAAAGUCACUCAAAUUGUAUGGUUUUGUAA